CUUGGGAUUCUGCCUUAUAUUGCCCUGUCAUGGCUGGAGCUCAUUAAGUAAAUAUUGAUGCACAUGGUAUACUCCUAUGAGCUAAAAUAAGCCUGUGGAUAAUUCCAGAAUCGAUUAUUUUUUCUGCCUCUCUGAAGUCUUCAAACUUUAGUAGCGCUGUUAAAGAGUACUUGCCAUAGACAGCAGUCAGAUUACUCUGGGGCUGAGCAUCAUGCAGAUUUGUUUAAGGUAUUCAGGACACAGUUGUUAAUGGAAGAAUUCAUGUAUAAGUACAAAAUAAGAAGGGCAAUCUAAUCUUUGAAGAAAUGGCAGGAUUCCUAGACAACUUCCGGUGGCCGGAAUGUGAAUGUAUUGACUGGAGUGAACGAAGAAAUGCCAUCGCUUCAAUAGUUGCAGGUGUAUUGUUUUUCACAGGUUGGUGGAUAAUGAUAGAUGCUGCUGUAGUUUACCCCAAGCCAGAACAAAUGAACCACGCGUUCCACACCUGUGGGGUGUUUUCAACACUAGCUUUUUUCAUGAUAAAUGCUGUAUCAAAUGCACAGGUGAGAGGAGACAGCUACAGUGAUGGAUGCUUAGGAAGAACAGGUGCUCGUGUCUGGCUCUUCAUUGGCUUUAUGUUGAUGUUUGGUUCACUUAUUGCUUCAAUGUGGAUUCUUUUUGGAGCAUAUGUUACACAGAACACUAACGUUUACCCUGGAUUAGCAGUGUUUUUCCAAAAUGCAUUGAUAUUUUUCAGUACUCUGAUCUACAAGUUUGGAAGAACAGAAGAGUUAUGGGGAUGAGACAUCACAUACAGCAUUGUCUAUUCCAUGGUUGCUAUGUCAUACUGUGUAUCUGGAUAUAUUUACAUUUAUUUGUUUUUGCUUUCAAAUUGUAUGAGCAGAGACAAAUUACUGUUUCUGUAAUAAGCUCCCUCUUUUCACAGGACAGAUUUGUGAAUAUGUACAUAUGACUGUAUAUAUCUUAAAAAGGGAAUGUCAGCCUGUCUUUCUGAAAUCUUCAGGUUUAUUUCUCCAAAUACGUGGGUUUCCAUCAACUCCUAAGACUUGAUCUUCCAAACCUCCACAUGUGUCAGAGACCUCAGUGGAACUGUUGGUGAACAAGCAGGAUAAAGCCCCCAUACCCUGUAAAAGGGGUUGCUGCUUUUAUGCGUAGCUGAGCUAGAGCCAGUUUUGCCAGGGCUGACAGCAAGGGCUGCCCAUUUACCUGAGAGCUGUCAGUGCAUGGAUGUGACCCAGCUAAGCCUGUAUUUAAUGAGGGUAAAUUCUAUUGUAUGCUUAGGUAAGAGCUGAUUUUAACAUUUUUGUAUAACUGUUCAGAAGAAUAUAAAGUAGCUAUUUUUUUGUAAAAGGUUAUGAGUUUUUAAACAAGGCCCUGUAUUAAGCAGGUUCUGCAUGGCAAAAUUGUUCUUGAAUUCUGAUUGCUAUAGCACAAAUGACAUUUGGUAGCACCACAGUCCAUGGAAUUAGUUUGAUAGCUUUAGUGUGAUAGAUACCAAUUAGUACUCCAAGUAUUUACUGAUGUUAGAAUUAAAAAAAACCAAAACAAUUGAACCCAGUCAGACUCAAUUUUCUUCAGGGGAAGCUUUUUGCUGAUAAACAGUUAUCCUGCUGCCUAUGACCUUUUCUAUCUAAAAGACAAGCAUUUCUGGUGGGGAUAUAGCAGAUAUAUUUAUUGCUAACAGUCUUUCUUUGAAAUUAUUGCCGGUUUUGGGACUGCUGUUUGCCCCAGUUAAAAUGUAUUUAUUUCCUAAAUUUCAUGGGCACUUUAUGGGAAUGCUUCCAUUACCGAAAUCCAGUUUCUUCUAGCUGGGAUAUACAGAAAGGGAGAAUAAUGAUGUUUUACAGUUUUAGGCUGGUCUUGUGUAUUGAUCUUACUGUUGGUGACUUCCUUCUCCUAGGAGUUCUAUGCGGUUUUUAAAGCUUUUGAAUCUACCUUGUGUCUAAAAGCUUUUAUAACUUUCCCAUGUAUUGAGAUUGCUGACCAAAUGGUAUUAAACUUCAGAAUGUAAGUGCUGUGCGUGGUCACUGCAUACUGUUAGUCAUUUAAUUGCUCCCUUGUGGGAAUCUCUCCAGUGGACAGAAUAUGAAGCGAAUACUGCAGCUGAAAUUGUGCUACUGGCUAGACUAACUUUGUCCUGAUUUCACCAUCCUGCAGUGAGUUACACUAUAUUCACUGGUGUUAAUCAUAGCUUUGUACAGAACUUGUCUGUUGGGUUGUAAUUUCAGAAAACUGCAAUAAACUUUAUCUUAUUCUCAAAA